CAGCCGAGAGCGAGGCCGCGGCAGGUGGGGAAGAACCCGGAAGUGCUGAGGGGAAACGGCGGCCGCCCGCGCCAGCCGCGGUGGCGUCCCCGGCGCGGCCAUGCCGGGCGCGGGCGGUGCCAGCCUGGCUCCCGAGGAGCGCGUGCGGCGCCUGGUGCGGGCGGGCAGCAGCGUGCAGGUCAGCGAGGACGUGCCCCCGCGCCGCUACUUCCGCUCGGGCGUCGAGAUGCUGCGCAUGGCCACGGUCUACUGCCAGGAGGGCAACCUGGAGCACGCCUUCAUCCUCUACCACAAGUACAUCACGCUCUUCAUCGAGAAGCUGCCGCAGCACCGCGACUACAAAAACGCCGCCAUCCCUGAGAAGAGGGAGACGGUCAGAAAACUGAAGGAAGUAGCCUUUCCCCGAGCCGAAGAGCUCAAGGAGGAGCUGCUAAAGAGGUACGCCCAGGACUAUGCUAAGUACAAGGAGCAGGAGCAGCAGCUGGAGGAGGAGAAGACUCGGGUAGCCCUGAUGAAGCAGCAGCAGGCAGAGCAGGAGCAGUUCCACGCCUUCGAGGAGAUGAUCCGGCAGCAGGAGCUGGAGAAGGAGCGCCUGAGGAUAGUGCAGGAGUUUGGGAAGCCAGAGCCGGAGUCUGUGGAUGGACCCCUCAUCCCUGGCGUGGAAAAGCCCCCGACAGAUUUAACCCCAAAGGUUCCGGUCUCUCCGCUUCACCCAGCAAGUCCAUCAGCGGGGACUGUGCCGUCCAAACCUCCUGUUGUGGACAGAUCUUUGAAGCCCAGUGCUUUGGGGAGCACAGAGAACAGUGCAGCUGUGGAUGUCCUUCGCCAGGUCAUUGUCCCCAGGGAGCUGUGCCACAAGUUCCUGCAGCUGGCAGAUGCCAACACCGUGCGGGGCGUGGAGACCUGUGGGAUCCUCUGUGGGAAGCUGAUGAGGAACGAGUUCACCGUCACCCACGUCAUCGUCCCCAAGCAGCUGGGGGGCCCCGACUCCUGCACCACGGAGAGCGAGGAGGAGCUCUUUGUCAUCCAGGACCAGCACGGCCUCGUCACCCUGGGCUGGAUCCACACCCACCCCACCCAGACAGCCUUCCUGUCCAGCGUGGACCUGCACACCCACUGCUCCUACCAGAUGAUGCUGCCGGAGUCCAUCGCCAUAGUGUGCUCUCCCAAGUACCAGGAGACAGGGUUCUUCAGGCUGACGGAGCACGGCCUGGAGGAGAUCUCAUCCUGCCGGCAGAAGGGCUUCCACCCGCACCCCAAAGACCCCCCUCUGUUCACAACCUGCAGCCACGUGUCGGUAGUGGAGAGAGACGUGGUGCUGCUGGAUCUCCGAUAAGCCUCUUGCCUUGUCCCCUCUCAGGACCCACCCUCCUUCCUUUAGGCCCAGGCAGUCUGUUCUCCUCUCCUGUAGCAGAUGAUCUCCACCAGGCAGCGAUCCCUCCCUCCCUUCCCCACGGUGCAGUGGGAUCCCUGCCCUCGGCGGGAGCCCUGGAACCUCGGUGCCCGGCUCCAGGCGUGGGGAGGAGCCAGCUGGGAGCUCGGAGACAGAAGGCAACACUAAAGCAAUUGUUUAACUCUAAUCCACGGCCUCCUGGGGAGGUUCUCUGUGACUUGCUGCAACCCUGAGGUGUGCAAAACCUCUUCAAGUGCUUUUGGGACUCGGCCACUUUAACCCGUGCCCUGUUCUAUCCCUCGUUCUGUGCUGCUCGGUCUCAGCACAGCUUCCAGGAGCAGAUAAACCUUUCCUGUGGUUUAAA